AUGUUCCACCUCUUCUCCCACUGCUGCUCGUGGCUGCAGGCCAUGCAGGAGCCCGUCAGGAAGGUGACCCUCCUUGUCAUGGGGCUGGACAAUGCGGGGAAAACCUCCGUCAUCGCGGACAUGGAGAGAGGUGAGGAGCGGCGCAGAGCCGGCCCAGACGGGGCAGCGGCUCUGCGGUCCUGUGGAAGCAAAGGACCGAACUCCCGAGCUCCAGGGCCGCUCCGGGCGCAGGGCCCGGCGUGUCCGGGCAGCGCCGGGGUGGGAGCGGGGAUGUGGCGGGGCAGAGGGGCGCAGGCACGGGGGCGCUCCCGGCUCCCUGUGCCAGCCCCGCGCUCUCCCCACGCAGCGCUGCCCGGGGAGGCGCUGCCCGGGGCACAGCCCGGCCAGAGCCGCCUGCGGCUGGACAGGUUCGAGGUGACGCUGCGGGACCUGCCCGGGGCUCAGCGCUCCCGCAGCGCCUGGCGCAGCCACUACAGCGAGGCGCACGGGCUGCUCUUCGUGCUGGACUCCGCUGACCUGGCGCGGAUGGAGGAGGCCCGCAAGGUGCUGGGCCGCGUCCUGAGCCACCCCGAUGCGUCCGGGAAGCCGCUCUUGCUGCUGGCCAACAAGCAGGACGCGCCGGCCGCGCUGCUGCCCUGCGAGCUGAUCGAGCGCCUGUGCCUGGAGCGCCUGGUCAACGAGCACCGCUCUCCGUGCCGCAUCCGCUCCCCGCGCCGAUCCCCGCUCUCCCGUUCCCCGCAGGAGCCGUGUGUCGCCAAGCGGGUCCCGCCCGCCGGCCCGGCCCGCACCACGCUGCAGGGGCUGCGCUGGCUGCUCCGCGCCGCCGCCGCCGCCCCGGUGCCUCCCGCCGCCCCUCGGGCCGCCCGCGGCCGCCCGCCCGCCCGCAGGCACCGGCCGCUGCCCGGCGAGGAGAACGGGGAGCCCCGCGCCGUGCGCCCCGGCUGCCGCCUCCUGCCGCUGGAGGAGAGCGCCAAGGGCCCCAGGAGGAGGAAGAGGAAGGUGAAGGUGAAGAAGAAGGGCUUGGGGCAGGCAGGCCCAGCCGAGGAGCCGGAGGGGCCGGGAGCAGGGGCUGCCGGGGGGCUGCUGCUCCCCAACAGGGUCGGGCAGGAGGAGCCCUCAGCCGUCGGGACGGGCACCCCGCACCCAGCACAGAGUAUGAAAAAGAAAAAAAAGAAGAAAAUCAAGAAUAAAAUCAAGUCUCGGGAACCUUCUCUGGAGCAGCAGCGUGAGGAGGUCUCAAGCACCUUUGACUUGUACCGCCGGGCCAUGCUGGCUCUGAAGAUGAGGCAGCAGCAGAGGAAGCAGCCGUCGGCCAUCGCUCCCUGAGCAGGGAGGCACCGAGCGCGGGCUGUGGCCCCGAGGAGCGGGGCUGCAGGGCAGGGCAGAGCUGGGAAAGGGGUCCCGGGGCACAAACUGCACCUUUGUCCCUGCGCGGCUGAAAACCAGGGAUCCGCAGGGCCAGCCAAAAGUCCCUUCGUAAAACGCCUCUGGCAGCAGCCCCGAGUGAAAAGGGAACAGCCGGCCCCUUGCUGCCCCCUGUUAGCGUUCCCUGGAAGACUCCGACGAAACACAGAUCGGUCUGUGUGGAGGGGGAGAUCCGAGCAAACGCCAGGGGAAAGCUCGUCCCUUUUAUUGCCCCGCGCCGGGGAGAGCUGCGCUCGCAGGUCAGGGCUGACCCGGGCCGGCACUCCCUGCCCGCUGCCCGGCACGGUCCCGUUCCCUGCUGGUGACCCAGGGAGGGCAGCCCUGGGCAGUCUGCAGAGGAGCUCCGCAUCUGGCAGGGCUCGGGACCCGCUUCCCACGCUGCAGGAAGGUGGUGCCCGUGUUUGUGCACCCUGCAGCCGGUCAGUGAACAUUUACAUUCAAAGGCAGCUGGUGGCAGAGGCUCCAUACCCAGGAGUCACCCUGCCACCCUUCCAGGAGGGACACUGUGGCUGGCAACCUGGUCCUCUGCUGCUGCAGGUGACUCGGGACAGCAGCAGCACGCCUGUCUGAGCACAGCCUGUGACACACUGUGUGUGCAGAGCAGCAGCAGCACACGUGUCCGAGCACAGCCUGUGACACACCGUGUCUGCCAGGCUGCACGGCAGGCACAGCUGCCCUCAGCCCUGGAAACACUCCACCUGGAGUGCAGGGUUGGUGUUUUUCUCGUGGCACCUGCAGCAGGCAGCGCUGGAAGCUGGGGUGUGCGUUAGUCACCUCUGCUCCCCUGUUACUCAUUAACGGGCUCUGCCUCUGCCCACCAGGGGAAGGCAAAUCAAGGGAGCCCUUCCCUGGGCAGGGCUGGAAAGUGAAAGGAAGAGAAAGUGGCUGCUCUGCCUUGCCAGCCUGCCAUAAAGCUCUGACUCGGGGGUUAUUUGUAAAUAGACUGUAAAUAACAGCAGCAGAAGUUGAU